AUGACUGGCUCUCACAGCCUUCCUGCCGCGGGAUCUUCUCAACAAACCCAGCAAUCCACCUCCGCCUUGUCCUCCAAAACCAUCGUAAUCAAACUCGGAACGUCCUCCAUCAUCUCCGAAGAGACCCAACUCCCCAAGAUCGCCAUACUCAGCUCUCUCGUCGAAACAUGUCACAAGCUACGCUCCCUCGGCCACAAGGUCGUCAUCGUGUGUUCCGGUGCCAUUGGAAUGGGUCGUAUUCGAAUGCACAUCACCGAAAAGCCAAAGUCCCUCGGUGAGCGACAGGCACUCGCUGCGCUGGGUCAGCUCCGUCUCAUCGCUCUCUGGGACUCGCUAUUCGGUACGGUCGGGAUCGACGUUGCGCAAGUACUGCUUACGAGAAACGACAUUGCGGAUCGUCCCCGGUACAACAACGCAAGGACGACGCUGAACACGCUCAUGUCACCGCCGUUCAACGCUAUCCCUAUCGUGAACGAAAACGAUACCGUCAGCGUGUCCGAGUUGAGGUUUGGAGAUAACGAUACGCUGUCCGCGAUCACAGCUGGGUUGGUGGAUGCGGAUUUCCUUUUCCUCUGCACGGACGUGGAUGGGUUGUACACCGGGAACCCAAGGAGCGACCCCAACGCACGCCGAUUGGGAGUGGUCGAGGACGUAGCAUCGGCGCGCAAAGCUGUUUCUGUAGCGACCAUGGGAUCGAGCUUCGGAACGGGCGGAAUGCAGACGAAGCUCAUCGCGGCGGAACUGGCGACAGCUGCAGGAGUGGCUACCGUGAUCAUCAACGGAGAGCAUCCGGAGAACAUGAUCAAGGUUGUGGCAAAAGGUGUUCCUUCGGUCAGCUCUGAAAGUGCGGGUCCAAGAAUGGAUUCGUUGGCGUCCUCCGUAUCAUCACUUGCGUCGGAGGAGAAGGAGCUGAUCGGUUAUCCGCCAUUAGACGCUCCUGCGCAUACGAUCUUCCUGCCGAAACCAAAUCCGCUUUCGUCGAGAAAAUGGAGCAUCUUGCACGCACUGCAUCCCGCAGGUGCGCUGAUCAUCGACGAAGGAGCUUUUAAGAGGAUUGCGCGAACGGACUCGGGUGGCAGAUUGCUUCCUGCGGGGGUGGUCGGCGUGGAAGGCAACUGGGAGAGGAUGCAAGCGAUCCGACUGGUGGUGAGACGAAGGAUCCUUAAAUCGGUCCCCCACUCUAGCGGACUCGAACAAGGUGCACCUCUUACCAACUCCGUCCCCAUCGCCCGGAGUCUCGGUCAAUACCUCCUACGGAACGAUUCGGACGGCACAAAAACUCCUCCCGUCAUCGACUCCCUCCGCAAAGACACCACCUCCUCCCUCUCCAACAGUCCAUCAGCAGCAGACGUCGCGGCAGACACAACCACAACUCAAACCGCCACAGUGGACGACAGCGCCGAGGAGGACUGGGAAUGGCAGCUGGUCGAAGUAGGUCGAGCACUAGCCAACUACACUUCGAUCGAAAGCGAACGCAUCAAGGGUCUCAAAUCAUCCCAGAUCUCCUCCACGCUGGGAUACGCAGAUUCGGAAUACGUCACCGAUCAAGUCGCUCUACACACACUCUCCCUUCCCGACCCACACACUUCUUCAUAG